GCAAGGUAUACUUCAGCAAAGUAUUCUGGAGUAUACCAUACAUUGACCACACAUCACGCUAUCCCGAUUUGGGAUCGCGUACAGGGACUGCCAAGCCUUCGCAACUUGCGGCCUGCAAAUACGCAGGCAUCAAUCACCUCCUCUGUUCAUCAUCUGUGCUACAGGGUCCAUCUUCUAUGUCUCAGCAACCCGAAAAAGUUCGUCGCAGUCACCGCAAAUCACGUAAUGGCUGCGGGCCUUGUAAGGCACGACGCAUCAAGUGUGAUGAGAACCAUCCGGACUGCUUGAACUGCGUACGCCGACAUGUUGUGUGCCACUAUAACGCGAAAACUGGGCCUUCAGCUCCAAGUCCUGCGGUGGCUUCAACGCCACGUGCCCGGAGAGAAAGGACGUAUCCGAAUUCGGAGCCAAAUCAAUUGAGAGACCAUUCAACUCACAGCUCUGUGCGAACCACAGUAUCUUCGCAUACCACGCCGACUCAGCCUGUCAACACGCCAUCACAGUCAAUCAGCACGCCGCCCAGUGAUUCGGGUGUUGCCUUGCCACGACAGAAUCAUGACCCUUUCGACGCAACCGACAUGGCUCUUCUGCACCAUUUCUUCAUGGCCGUGGCUCCUACACUGGCAGAUGACAGCGGCAGUCCUAUCAAAUGGCGUGCUCAGCUACCGAAGGCUGUUUUUGCAUCAGACUGUUCGCUGCAUGCAUUACUCGCUGUAUCAGCCCUCCAUCUGGCACGGCAGCGACCCAUGGAACGCGAGGAGUGUCUGAUUAAGGCUACUGAGCAUCAUGCGCUGACAUUGGCCCCGCUAAUCAAGUCGCUGGAGCACCUGGAUGAGCACAAUGCUGAGACCACGUUCUUAGCUGCCGUGUUCCUCUGCUACCACAGCCUUGCCAAGGGGCCUCAACCAGGGCAAUAUCUGGGAUUCGGUGACCAAGCAGACGGAGAAUGGAUAUGGGUCAUCAAGGGCGUCCGAACAGUGCUAUCUAUGGUGCGACCUUUUCCUCAGCCACAAGCAGACCCGGAUCAUAGUCCCGAAGCGAUCGCAAUUCAUUCUCCAAGGGAAUCUGCACCAACUCCUUCUUCGAUGCCUCCUGUGCUUGACUACGAGGCCCCUUUGGCCGAGCUGUCACGAAUAGUGGCUCUGCUGGAAGGCGAAGCUUUGGCCGGCACAAACUACAUGCGGGCUGUCACAACGUUAAGGACUGCAUUCGAAGCAUGCUACUCCUCGCAACAAGGGACAAGGGAAGCCAGAUUUGGGGUCAAUGAACUGCAGACGCGCAGUGUCUUUCGGUGGCUCUUUUGUCUGGAGGCAGACUUUUGCCAGAGUCUUGAGCGCCAAAGUCCCAUCGCUCUAUUGAUCUUUGCACAUUUCGACGUGCUUGUACAUCAGCUACGGCACAUAUGGUACAUGGAGGGCUGGAGCCUGCACAUUAUGCAGGGGAUAUUGAAGCAUCUUCCCCAUCACCAUCACUCCUGGAUCCGAUGGCCACGAGAGCAGGUGAUGGGCUCGGAUUGA